AUCUGUGCCGUAAUGAGACAAGAAAAAAUGUAAUAGUUUUAUGAUAAAGUUUUAAUUUAUUUAUUUAAGAAAUUUAUGUUUAAAUAAAUCUUGUACUUAAAUAGUUAUUGUAAAGUAAUAUUUUUCUUCACCCUUAAUUGUUAUUUCGAAAAUAAGUGACGCAGACGUGUUAACAUUUAUUAUUCUGUGCGAUGUGGUAAUAAUAUUUACUUGACGUCAUCGUCUUAAAUAUUUUUUUUUAUAGUUUUGUAUAGUUUAGAAGUGUAGAACAUGUUUAAUUGAAAUUCAAGGCUUCUAUAUACUUUAAUAUUUUGUACUUAAAAUUAUAUUUAUCUUAUUUUUUAAUCUAAAAAAUUAAAUCUAAGUGUUUCUUUUGCACUUAUAUUUUAAAUUAAUUUAUAGUUUUAAAAUUUUUUCAUUAUUCUGUUAUUUUAUUUUAUUUAUUUGAAGACUACAACAAUGUUACAUUACUCAUAACAUUUAACUUUCAUUUUUUAUUUUUUAUGUGAAUAUACUUUAAAAUUUACCCUAGUGAUAUAAUCAUUGUGAGGCUAUUAUAGAAUAACAAUGGAAGAUAAACUGAUAGCAAAUUUUAGCAAUGCUGUAGAUAUUGAAUUUGUUGAUGUGUCUUAUUCAGUGAAUAUUUGGACACCAGGCAGGUUAUUGUGUCCUGAACAAAAAAAAAUUUUAAAAAAUGUAAGUGGUAAAUUUUUUAAGAAUCAAUCAUGUGCUAUUAUUGGUUGUUCAGGAUCUGGAAAAUCAUCCCUGUUGAAUUUUGUCUCUGGUUAUAAAACCAUUGGUUAUCAAGGUAUUAUUAAUAUUAAUGGAAAAAAACGAAAACGUGAAGCUUUUUUGAAAGAAUCAUGUUAUAUCAUGCAAGAUGACCAUUUGCAACCUUACCUAACAGUUCUAGAAUCAAUGGAAAUAUCUUCUAAACUCAAACAUUGUGUUACAAAACUUGACGUUUAUCAUCAAGUUCUAAUUCAAAGAAUACUAGAAAAUUUGAAUUUAAAUAAAAAACAGCAUUCUCUGACUAAAAACCUUUCUGGCGGAGAAUGUAGACGUUUGUCUAUUGCAGUUGAACUUAUUCGCAACCCAAAAGUGAUGUUCUUUGAUGAGCCAACUACAGGUUUAGACAUGGUUUCUGCUAAUAGAAUAGUUUCUAUGUUGAGAGAUUUAGCAAAAUGUGGUAAAACAAUUAUAAGUACUAUUCAUCAAGCAACUAGUUCACAUAUAAAUCUCUUUGAUUUAUUGUAUGUUCUCUCACCAUCUGGGCAGUGUAUCUAUUAUGGACAUUCAUCAAAAUUGAUAGACUACCUAUCUUCAGUUGGGCUCCAAUGCCCAUUGCAUCAUAACCCAGCAGAUUAUAUUCUAGAAAUAAGUUCAGGUGAAUAUGGUAAUUUCAAUGAUACGCUUAUUCAAAAAAUUAAUAAUGGUAAAUCAAUUAAUUGGUGUAAAAAUAUCCAUCAUCAAACUGUUGACUCUUUAGAAGAAAAUAUUAACAAAGAUAGAAAUCAUCAAAAAAACAACUCAAAAUUUUGUAAUGACCUUCAAGUACUUUUACAUAGGACCAUGAUUAUAUCAUCACGAAAUAGUGAAUUCAUUAAUAUUAGAGUAUUUGCUCCUUUCAUACUUAGUUUCUUAUUUGGUUUAGUAUACUUCAAAAUUGGAAACAACGCUUCAUAUACUAGAGAUAAUGUUCAAUUAUUAUACUUUUGCUCAACUUAUAUAAUAUUCUUAUCUGCAUAUUCAAUGUCAAUUAAAUUUCCAUUAGAAUUUCUGUUGAUGCGUAUUGAAUAUUUUAAUCAGUGGUAUUCUGUUCAUUCAUAUUUCAUUUCUUUAACAUUGAUGGAUUUACCUAUUCAAUUAUUAUCUACUGGACUAUUUUGCACUGUUUUAUAUGUGAUGAGUGGACAACCAUUCGAAUUUUUUAGAUUCUCAAUGUUUUUAUUGAUGUUUAUAUUAAUUGGUCUGAUAUCACAAGCAACAGGAAUGUUAGUUGCUAUAAUGUUUAAGAAUUUCGUAGUAAAUUCUAUUGUCAUAUCCUUAAUUGUAUUACCAGUAUCAGUCUUUUCUGGUAUCUUACUACGUAUCCGAGAUACUCCUAAAAUAUUUAGUUGGGUGUAUGAUGUAAAUAUUUUAAAGCAUUCCAUUCAAGGUAUUUUACACUCUGUGUAUGGCUACAAUAGAGAACAUAUGAAAUGCUCAGAGAUUUAUUGUCUAUAUCAAUCACCAUUAUUCGUCCUUAAAACAUAUGACAUGAGUGAAAAUACAUUUUGGUUUAGUACAAUGUAUAUCACUGGGCUUAUUUUGUUUCUAAAGACUUGUACUUAUAUAGUAUUGAAAUUAAAACUAUCUAUUAAUUAGACAAUUUAAUUAUUAGACAUAUAAAUGUGUAUUUGUAAAUAUACAGGGUGAUUUUUUUAUCAUAACCCACUCAAUUACUUGCAGAAUAAUAAUAAUUUAAACAUUUAUUUUUUUUAUUAUCUUUAGUUACACAUUAUUCUUGAAUUUUUAACUAUGUAAUACUUUUUAAGUUCAUCCCUUAUGCCUUGGAGGGGGGUAAACUUUGUUUUUUUAAAUGGUAACACAUAUUUUUAAUUUAAUAAAAUGUUUGAGUUUUUAAUUUAAUAGUAAAUGGCAUUUGAAUUUUUAAUAUAACUUUAUUAGCUUAUUAGAUAUAAACAUUUAAAGUUUCAAAAUUUUGAGUUAAUAUACAUGUAUAAUACACAUGGGAUUGUAAAUACAGGUAGCUAAUUGGAUUUUUAUGACAUUGCUGUCUCAGUCACGGAUUGUUUAUUAUCAAUUAUGAUUAUCAAUAGAUAUACUUUCUGUAUUGUCAGUUAGUGUAUUUAUAAACUCAUAACAAUGUGCCUUACUACAAUUGAUAAUAACAAUGCUGUGUACCUGCUAAUAUCGAUGUUAUAAAAAACCAAUUAGCUACCUAUAUUUGUAAUCCCUUGUGUAUUAUACCUGUAUAUUAAUUCAAAAAUUUGAAACUUUAAAUGAUUAUAUCUAAUAAACGAAUUAAGUUAUAUUAAAAAUUCAAAUGCCAUUGACUAUUAAAUUAAAAACUCAAACAUUUUAUUAAAUUAAAAAUAUGUGUUACCAUUUAAAAAAACAAAGUUGACCCCCUUCCAAGGCAUAAGGGAUGAACUUAAAAAGUAUUACAUAGUUAAAAAUUCAAGAAUAAUGUGUAACUAAAGAUAAUGAAAAAAAAAAUGUUUAAAUUAUUAUUAUUCUGCAAGUAAUUGAGUGGGUUAUGAUAAAAAAAUCACCCUGUAUGUAAAAAAAAAUGCUAAAUCAUUUUUAAACAAACUAUUAUAGUUCUAAUAAUUUGGUUAUUUAUGAACUAACAGUAUUUUAAUCGUGUUAUUGAGUAUUCAUUUUAUUUACUUAUUUCAUAUAUUAAGAUAAAAAAAAAAUAAUUCAUAUAUGUAAAAAUUUAAAUCAUCACUUCGUUAUUUAGAAAAUAUGCUUUAAAUUUAGUCAUAGCUAGAAUAAUGGUUCAAAAGUUACUAUUGGUUAAUAAUAUCCUUAAUUGGAUCAUUUUCUAACUUUUAAUGUAUUAAAUAUUUAUGUUACUGUUUAAAAAAACUAUUUAGGAACCCUAGGAUGACUGUAAGUUACAUUGGUUGAUUUUUUUUUUUUAUAAUAUUUACAAAUGGCCACCCCCUAGAAUUGUUCGAGUACAGGAAAAAAAUAAUUGUGAAAAAUCGGUGACAAUAAGUCAACUCUAAGGCGUGACCCAUAUACAUAUAUGUAGGUUAAAAAUGAUACUCUAAGGGUAUUUUUUUUUUAUCUCAAAAACAAUAACUUUUACGAAAGUUUAUAAAGACUUAUGUAGAUAUAAUAUAUUUUUAUAAAAAAGAUGUCUAUAAAUAUUUUAUGUCAAAACCACAUACAUAUUUCGAUUUUUUAAAUUAUUUUGGAGGAAACAAACAAUAGUAUUUUUGUGUAGCAUAUAAUAGAAAAUUUUGUUAACGCUUUACUACUACAAGAAAACAUUUUAUUUUUAGCUUCGAUGCGAAGCUGAAAAGGUAUUAUUUUGACUCUAAAAUCGCUUGAAAUAUGUGUAAAAUUUAAAAUAUGUAUUUUUUGAAGAAAUAAAGUUUAUAAUAUCUAUAA